CUGCGGCUGCCCCGCGGCGGGUCCGGUGCUGCGUCGGGGCCGGCGCGAAAGGGCGGCGGCACCAUGUUCUCCCUCAGGCCGCCCAGACCCACCUUCAGGUCCUACCUCCUGCCGCCGCUGCCGCCGCCGCAGACUGAUGAUAAGAUUAAUUCGGAACCGAAGAUUAAAAAACUGGAGCCAGUCCUUUUGCCAGGAGAAAUUGUUGUAAAUGAAGUGAAUUUUGUGAGAAAAUGCAUCGCAACAGACACAAGUCAGUAUGACUUGUGGGGAAAGCUGAUAUGCAGUAACUUCAAGAUUUCAUUUAUUACAGAUGAUCCAAUGCCGUUACAGAAAUUCCAUUAUAAAAACCUUCUUCUUGGUGAACAUGAUGUCCCUUUAACAUGUAUUGAACAGAUUGUCACAGUAAAUGACCACAAGAGGAAGCAGAAAGUCCUAGGCCCCAACCAGAAACUAAAAUUUAAUCCAACAGAGUUAAUUAUUUAUUGUAAAGAUUUCAGAGUUGUCAGAUUCCGCUUUGAUGAGUCAGGCCCCGAAAGUGCCAAAAAGGUAUGCCUUGCAAUAGCUCAUUAUUCCCAGCCAACAGACCUCCAGCUACUCUUUGCAUUUGAAUAUGUUGGGAAAAAAUACCACAAUUCAGUCAGCAGUAUAAAUGGGAUGUCCUCAGGAGCUGGAGGGGCAGCAGGCGGUGGGGCUGCCAGCGGCAGCAGCCAAAAAACUCCACUGUUCGAAAGCUACUCCGAUUGGGACAGAGAAAUCAAGAGGACGGGUGCUUCCAGCUGGAGAGUGUGUUCCGUUAAUGAGGGUUACAUGAUAGCCACUUGCCUUCCAGAAUACUUUGUAGUGCCAAGUUCUUUAGCAGAUCAAGAUCUAAAGAUCUUUUCCCAUUCUUUUGUUGGAAGAAGGAUGCCACUGUGGUGUUGGAGUCACAGCAACGGUAGUGCUCUUGUGAGAAUGGCCCUCAUAAAGGAUGUAUUACAGCAGAGAAAAAUUGAUCAGAGGAUCUGUAAUGCAAUAACUAAAAGCCAUCCACAGAGAAGUGAUGUUCACAAAUCGGAUUUGGAUAAAACCUUGCCCAAUAUCCAAGACGUGCAGGCGGCAUUUGUAAAGCUUAAGCAUCUGUGUGUUAAUGAGCCUUUUGAAGAAACUGAAGAGAAAUGGUUAUCUUCUCUGGAAAGUACUCGAUGGUUAGAGUACAUAAGGACAUUCCUUAAACAUUCAGCAGAACUAGUGUACAUACUUGAAAGAAAACAUCUCUCUGUAAUCUUACAAGAGGAGGAGGGAAGAGACCUGAGCUGUGUCGUUGCUUCUCUUAUCCAAGUGAUGCUGGAUCCUCACUUUAGGACAAUUACUGGAUUCCAGAGUCUGAUUCAGAAGGAGUGGGUCAUGACAGGAUACCAGUUCCUGGACAGGUGCAACCACUUAAAGAGAUCGGAGAAAGAGUCUCCCUUAUUUUUGCUAUUCUUGGACGCCACAUGGCAGCUCCUAGAACAAUAUCCAGCAGCUUUCGAGUUUUCUGAAACGUACUUGGCGGUCCUGCACGACAGCACCCGGAUCUCACUGUUUGGCACUUUUCUGUUCAACAGCCCUCAUCAGCGGGUGAAGCAGAGCACAGAAUUUGCUAUAAGCAAAAAUAUCCAGUUGGGUGAUGAAAAGGGCUUAAAAUUCCCUUCAGUUUGGGACUGGUCUCUUCAGUUUACAGCAAAGGAUCGCACCCUCUUCCAUAACCCCUUGUACAUUGGGAAGAGCACACCUUGUGUGCAGAACGGUUCUGUGAAAUCUUUUAAGCGGACGAAGAAAAGCUACAGCUCCACCCUGCGAGGAAUGCCACCUUCCUUAAAGAAUGGAGUGAUCAGUGACCCAGAAUUCCUUCCAAGGAGAAAUUCACUGAUACUAAAACUAAAGCCAGAGCCACCUGAGCAAGCCGAGAGCCAGAACAGUGGGGUGGAGCAGUACUUCAGGGACUGGUUCUCCACACCCGUCGACCUGCACGGUGUCAUCUUGCCACGGCUCUCAGGAAUCCACAUAAAGCUGUGGAAACUCUGCUACUUCCGCUGGGUCCCUGAGGCCCAGAUCAGCAGCGGCGGCGCCAUCACUGCCUUCCACAAGGCCUCCGUCCUGGUGGACGAGGUUGAUGUGCUCAGCAGGAUGCUGCGGCAGCACCGGGGCGGCCCUCUGCCAGCCUGCUUCUCGGAGACAGACCAGAGCAGGAUGUACUUCCAGGCCAGCGGCCCGCACGCCGCCUCGGGGACCCCCGACUUCCUCUCCUCCACGUUUCCGUUUUCCCCUGUGGGCAGUCUGUGCAGACGGAGCAUUUCAGGAACACCGUUCAGCAAAUUCUUAAGUGGGGCCAGAAUAUGGUUAUCUACUGAGACACUCGCCAACGAGGACUGAAGAGUCAUGUUUUUGGAACAUUCUGAGGGAAGCUGUUUUUUUUCCUCUGAAUUAAAACUGUUAACCUAGGCAAUUGAAGCUCUAAUUUUAUACGUAAGAAGAAUAGUUGAAUUUUGCACUAAUAUUUAAAAAACAGGUUGAAUCACGCUUCCUUCAGUUGUUUUAAGGUAGGCGUACAUUUUUAUUGUAUUUCCUCAUUUUCAGGUGGAUUACCCGCAGAUAGUCCCACGUUUUUGUCUGCAUCCAUUUUUCCUGCCACCUCAAAAGAUUAUCUGAUCCUCAGAUUAGGAAGCCAAAGCAGCAGGCAUCAGGAAAAUUUUUUUAAAAUUGGUGUUUAGUUUAUUUCCAGAUACACUCAGACAGAGGAAUGAUCUGUAAGGUGAGGCACAGGAGUGGCACGACUUCAUUCUGUUAAACAUGAGGCCACCGUGCGUUGGCGUCAACUCACUGGCAACAAACAGCUCACUUCCAGAAGCAUCGGAUAAACCCCCAGAAGGCUCAGUAGGUAUUCACAUAUUGUUCUGGUACCUUCAUACUGUCUCCAACUGGUUUCAAGUGAGGGAGGGGUCAGCGUUCCAAAGCCAUAAUGAUUACUGUAGAUCACCUCGUUUGGGACUGUCAUCUGUUAAAAUCAUGGGUUUUCUUUUACCUCAUUGGACUAACUUUAAGAUGAUAUGAACUGUUAACCUUAAAGCAUUUGCUGUAGAGAAUAUAAUUAAACUUAGAAGUGCCUUUGACAUUAAUGUCUGAACAACACAGCAAAAUAGUUUUUAAAAUUAGGGUGUUAAAAACCCCACUGCACAUUUUUCACCGCGCUUUUCACACUGAGCUCCAUAUCAACAGCUGGGAAUCCCCAAAGCCCCAUUUCUCUCCCCCAGGGAGCCACCGAGGGCCUGUGGGAGCCACUUCCGUGAAAGCCCCCGGGCCAUCCACCCGAGGGAGGCACGGUCCCAGCUCCAUCCCAGAGCAGCAGGGUUAGCGUGGGAGAGCGCCGUCCGCACAGGAGCGCCCACCACUCCUGCCCGAGCUACAGUGUGGGAGACUGCUGCCUGCGCUUCCCUUUGGAGGAACUGAGGUCAAGCCUCAGGUCGCCCGUACAGAAGUCCUUUUUCUCUAGAUUCUUAACACUACGAAAUAGGAAAUGUUUAGAAAGUGAAAAUGGAUCUCGUUCACAGUCCUGCCGUUGUAAUAGAGAAGUGCACCUCCCAUGUCCCAUCCCUGACUUGACAGCAACACUCAGAGGAGGCUGAGAAGCAGACAGGUGUAUUCGUGGUCCCAGAGGCCCUUGCUUCCAUGUCAUAUGGCAGGAUCCAGCCAGAGCUGUGGGGCCGGAGCUUAAGCCUCUUCCAUCGCUGACGUGUAGCACCAUCCCCACACUCUAGUCCCCGUUUCAGAGGUGGAUGUUUUCAAAUCUGGCUGUAUGAUCUUAAGAGUUUCUUAAAUUGCCAUCUUAAGAUUUUGAAAUUUCUCACAGUAAAGUUUCUAGUUAUUUCCUUUUCUAAAAACAAGUUUUUUUCAAAAUACUGUAUUUUUAUAUAUGAUGAACACACAUUUCUAUUUCAAUUCUUUGCCUUUUAAGAAUUGAUAAUAUAUCUAGACUGAGAGACAAACUUUUUAUAAAAUGUCUUAGGAAACUCAUCUUGUGGAUAAACCCAAUGUUUUUUUUGCCCAUUUGUUACCUAGAAAAUCAGGGCUCUUUCCAGCUUACACAGAGCAUUACUGCCAUCACACACAGUUUAUGGUCUGAUCAGCAACCACCCUGCCGGCCCUUCGAGAACCACGCAUCCUGCCACCGAAAGUGUAACGGUUCUUUAUUUUUUAUUCAGCUGCUUUUGAAUUAUUAGAAGUUGUUCUAAAUUCUUUUUUGGGGGGUUGAACAUUUAUUUCUCUUAAUUUUCUUUCCUCACACAUUGAUGUCAACGUCAUUAAUAAUGGUUUUUUUUGUUAAUUUACAAGUUUAAAAAGAUUAGGUACCAUUAAUAUUGUUUUAAAAUAGAAAAUGUGCCUAUUUUUGUAUGAUAAUCAAAUGUAGUAAAAUACUUGUCUUAUUUUUUGCUGGUAAGUUGUUAUAGCAUGAUUAUUGUGCCACAAUUUAUCGUGCAUAAUAUGAAAAACAACUAUAGCGGCCUUAAGUCCUGACCUUCAGAAAGCUGUGCGGCACCUCUGCUAGCUCACAGGACGUCGUGGUGGCAGAAGUCCUGAGUGUGGCAACGUGCACUGUACCAAAGAGAGCCAUGCACUCAGCGCUUCACAGUGUUCCUGUGAGCAAAGCCUGUGCUGAUGGGCUGCCACGCGCAUAGCAGCCUCAGCCGGACUGGCUAAGGUUGAACUUAAACGAACCGUGUCUCACUGUUAUUUUCUGAUGGAAAUCAGUUUUAAAACUGAAAAUGUCUAAAAUGUCUAACUUUAAAGAAAAGCUAUUAAUCUGUACUAACAGAGUGAGAAGUAGUCAACACAUCCUUUCACAGAAUCUGCUUGCCACAGCAGUAACCUCAAAUUGUUAAAACUUGGUUUUGAGAGAAAACUAAAACCUUUGUGCCUAAAACUGAUGAUGACUUGAGUUAAGGAGGGUGAGCUGGAAGAUGAACGACCUUGUUCAGCAGUGACAAAUGUGAAGGAAAUUUUGACAGCUAAAUAAAACGUCCACAGAAACUGUCUGUUGUUGUAGUUAUCAUUACGAAAUCAUCCACAAGGAUGCAGUGACUCAAGAUCCAAAGGCUGUUUCUUCCACCUGUGCUUAUGUGGGGGCCCUGGUGGCACAGUGGCUGAGAGCUCAGCCGCUAACCAGAAGAGGUCAGCAGCUUGACUCUACCAGCCGCUCCUUGUGGGGCAGUUCAGCUCUGUCCUGUAGGGGCACUGUGAGUCAGAAUUGAGGACAGUGGGUUUGGUGUGUUCUCUUAUACUUGUGUGUGCCAUCCACUCUCUAAAGUGAGGCAGCUAGCUGUCAAUCAUGUUCCUGACAUCAGUUCAGUGUUGGCUGUAACUUAAACCAUGUGGGUAUUAAUGGGCCCUGCCUUAACUGGUCCUUCCAUUCAAGACAGAAAGAAACUGGGACAUAUUUUCCCAGAAGGCCUCAGGAAAAGUGUGUGAGACUAGGAUCCUGGGCGUGGCAUUCUGUCUGAUAAUUGGCUUCCUACCAUAUAUCUUCCCCAGCCCAAAGUUUUUCCUUCAGUGGUAUGAGACAAAUAGCCACGUAGCCCUGUUUUAAUUAUGCUAUCUAUAUACACAGUCACCCCUGAUCUAGCCAUUAGGGAUGUUCCAAAAAGCAGGAGAAGGGACAAUUGCUAAAGAAAUUGGAGUUUCAAUUGUUUAUAUCCUUCAGAAAUCAUAAAACAAGAAUGUUUAACAGCUGAAUGUGUAAAACAGUACACAAACGCUUAAUUUCAGGAAUCUCUGUUUCCAGUAUACUCACUAGAAAGACGCAUUGUUCAUGCCGCUUUUUUAAAAGACCUAGAGCUGUUGAUCGCCUCUUGUGGGUUUUCCCGCUUUUUUCUAAAUCUAGGAUGCAUCCAGCUUCUAAAAUGGCCACAAUAUCUUAACCUUUUAAAAAUUCAUUACCUACUGUGUGAAAUAAGUAUAUUCA